AUGUGGCCGCUACGGGUCUACACCCGCAAGAAGAGGACCGGCCAGAGGCUCAACCUGACCCCGGCGCCAGACCUAGGCCCACCCGUGAUGGCAGAGGCACUGCCAGGCCCGAGCCGACGGCUCGCUGCCCACUGCCCGAGAGGAAAUGGCAAAGCUCCCGGUUUGCGGAAGAUCGCCGAGAAAGCCGAGCGCAGUGGGCAGGGCGGGAGCAGCUCUGGGCUGCCCAGCUCUCAAUUAGGAGUUGCAGGAGAGAAAAGCCUGCGAGAAAGUAGCACUAGUGAAGAAGAGACUGAGGAUGAGAGGAUGGCUCCAUUGAGCGAUUCAGUGGCUGAUGAUCUCCAGGUUGACAGUUCAUCAACUGGUGAACUAGUAUCAGGACUAAGUUUGCAGCAUGAUAUUUCUAGCUCUCUUCUAAGCUAUUCAAUCACAGAUUCUUCUACAGAAUGCAAGGGUUUUGAAGAGAAUUUAAGUAGCUUUCCAUCACCUGAACUCUUCAGAGGAUCAGAUUAUUUAGAUUGGGAGUAUCCCAAGUUGGAUGAAUACAUGCAAUGCAAGAAUUCUACUCUUCUGGAUACCAGUAAAGCAGUAGCAAUAGAGAAGGCACCACAGUUUUCAAACCUCUCUGCAAUUUUAGAUAAUGCGGCUUGUGAAGUACUUGCUGAGAAAACUUACCCUUUAACCCCUGAAAAAACAAAGAAAAAACCUGGAAAAGAUCCUGAACCUAGAGACACAAAUUUUCAAACAAAGUUAAGCUCUCAUCUAAAAAUCAAGGUUCCAUCAUCUCAACAGAGUUCUGUUCUUGAAAGCAAUGCAGGCGAUAAAUCAGUUACCAGAGUUCUGCUGCCUCAGCCCCUGGAACCUGCAUUGAACACAAAUCCCACUAUUCUUGAUAAGAAAAGCAGAGGCCUGUUAACAAGUACUCCGACUUCGCAAACAGCUGGUUUAGAGAUUGAUCUGUCCUCAGUACAAAAAUCAUCUUUGGAGGAACUAUUUCCAAAUGUCAGCAGCUGUGUUAAUUCAGAUGAAAUUGUUCCUGUGUCAAGUUCCCAAGAAAAUUCUUCAAAUGAGGUUCCUUUAAAUACAUCAGCAAUAUGUUGUAUUAUUAGAGCAUCACCGGGAACUAGACAAGUGAAAAGUAAAGGUGUUAUUGUAAAGAAGAAGAAAUAUUCUCUUCCUAAAGAUAUUCCUCAAGAUAUUAUAAUAAAAACAAAUGGCAGGAUGUAGCAGCUGUGGCUGAAUUUUCAGUAUUUUGAAGACAUGAAUGUGAAGUCAAAGCCAUAAAGCAGAAUGUCUGCCUGAAAUUAUAUGAAAUUCAAAAAUCAAAAUUCUCUAAUUAUUUGUGAUAAUAUCCUGGUGUUAAAAUUCUACUGAGUUUCUUAUAACUUACUAUU